UUCUUCUUGUUGUUUACAGAGGAUUUUGUUUUUUAUUCUUGGGAUUGGGGAUUCACUCCCCUCUCUAUUUUCUUUAAUGAUCCUAUACACUCGUCCAUUUAUGCACUCUCCCACACACGGACAACAGAGGCAACGACGUAGUAGGGUCGCGUCCGUCAUGGACAUGACUUUUCUCGUCAAUGACGCUCAUCCACAACAACAAGCAGUGUCUGACUCGCCUGACUCUCCCGCAUCGUCUGCAUCUCCAGUCUGUUUGCAACAACACGCUCGGUCACGGCCACAAGCACAACCGCCUCCGCCUUGUAUUCAAGAUGCCCAACAUGCACACGCUCACGCAUCUCCAGGCGCGUCUAUUCCUGCGGCUCCUACUGCUCCUGCUGCUGCUGCUGCUGCUGUUGCAACAAGGCAUACGCCGCCCCUGCAAUCUCGUUCUCUUUAUCCUGACGACGACGACAAGGCCAGUGCACACUCGGCUCUUCUCCUCCACCACUAUCCACCCACUAGUACGCUCGAAUGGGAAGACGCUCUCAAACACCAUCAGGCGCCCUUGACGCCCCUGCCCUCCCCAAAACCCAAUUGGACCGCUGACGACAUGAAUAGUCUGGACAAGGAACUGAAUCCUCUGGAUGGUCCCGUCGAUACCAUGGGAAGAAUAAAGACAAAGCGCAAGAGAGCCACUCCUGAGCAGCUCUUGGUUUUGAACAGAGUCUUUGGGCAAACUUUUUUUCCUUCCACUGAACUGAGGCACCGCCUCGCAGAGCAGCUGGGCAUGACACCCAGAGCCGUUCAAAUCUGGUUCCAAAACAAGCGCCAAAACUGGCGCGCCCGCCAAGGUCAUUCCUAUCCCCCGCCCACGGCGACCAGCUUUUCCGUCCUCAAUCCCAUCGACUUUGAACAAGGCAACGCCCCCGACGCUCGCCGCUUUGCCCGCGCCCGCUCCAAAUCCUCCGUUUCUCCCACUGGGUACGAUGCUCCCUCGCACUGUGACAUGUACGAUCCCGUCGGAUCCUGCACCGCCGCGUUGGCCGCUUGGGCACCUUUGCGUGUAGACCCUCGCGACCCGCUCUUUCAAAACCCAGACUAUCACGCGUUUCCUCGACGCCAUUCCGCUGGUACAUGGCCCCGGAACAUGCCCCUCUCCCCUCAGCUGCGCGCGCACCCCUAUGUCCCCGACCCCUCUCAAAACCUUCGCACGCGCACCUGGUCGGCACCCGAUCUCCGCAUGGCGGCGCAACAACAUGUCAUUUCCCCUCCACCGACUAUGCAAGCCGUUCCUGCCCCUCCUGCUCUGGUCUUGCAGCAGCAGCAGCAGCAGCAGCAUCUUACUGGUCAGCACGAGCAGCAGCACGCGUCGCCACCGCGUCAUGCCGCGCUGUGCAGUCCAAGCGGAGGGUACAAGCGCCGAGAAGAGUAUUGGAUGCGAUAAAGUGUGCUGCAAAAGAGCACUGCAAAGAGAGAGAGAGAGAGAGAGAGAGACAGUGCUCAAUUGUACACGUGUUUGACGAGAUUUACUGUGUAAUGAUUUUUUUUUGUUGUUGAUUUUUUUUUAGAAAGAUAUAUACCCCCCCUCUCCCCCUUGUCUGGUCCGAGUCGGUAGCGUUUUGUAUACGAGUUUUUUUUUUUGUGUUUAGGUUUUUAUAGUUUGGUUAGUUGCUUUGGGGUGUUUAUAUACUUGUGUGUGUGUGUGUGUGUGUGUGUUUUUUUCUUGACAAGAAAAACUGGAGUAAACUGUAUGUGUUUUCUUUGAAAUGGC